CCCAGCUCAGUCAUCUUCGUCCUCACCAUACUUCUUAACCAAAUGCUUCUCUGAAAACCCCCAAAUUUUGCCCUAAUCCAUAAUGUCCUCAAUAAUCUCGAAAAUCCCCUCCAGCUCCCUAGCUCGGUCCCUCUUCCACCGGGCUCUCUGCACAGCCACCGAGACUCGUACCCAGAAGCUCGAACGAAUCGCCGAGGAGCUGAUUGGCCUCAACAAGAUCGAGCGCCAUGAUUACGUCAUCCUAUUUCGCCACAAAAUGGGCUUGAAUCGAUUCGGCGCCGCCGCCUCCGCACCCGCCGCGCAAUCGCCCUCGUCAGCCGGCGCCUCUGCCCCCGCUGCCGCCAAAGAGAAAACGGCGUUCGAUGUGAAAUUGGAGAAAUUCGAGGCUUCGGCGAAGCUGAAGGUGAUCAAGGAGAUCCGUUCUUUCACUGAUUUAGGGCUGAAGGAGGCCAAGGAUUUGGUGGAGAAAACGCCCGCUGUGGUGAAGAAGGGGGUUACCAAGGAGGAGGCGGAGAAGAUCGCGGCGAAGCUCAAGGAGAUUGGCGCCACUGUGGUAUUGGAAUGAGAUCAGAUUUGAAUAGUUCGCUAGUUUCCUUGAUGAUUGAUUUUGAUUGAGAUAUUUCUGAUCCGUGAAUACAAAUGAAACAUUACUUCAGUGAUUUCUCAGUUAUUCGGAGCAAUAGCAUAUAAAUUCGAUCAUGUUCAUCUUAGUCAUAAAAGAUUGAAUUUUGGACGAGAUUAGAUCUUCAAUAUGAAUGAAUGACUGAGAAUCAUGUAAUUGCUAUUUACUAUUCAUCAUCUAUGGUUUUUAGCU